GUCACGUGUGGACUAAGCCCUCCCGUACUUCAUGUAAAGCCCCUCAGACCCCUUUGAACGAUGGGGGAGAACGACGACGAGAAGCAGAGCCAGGCCGGGCAGCUCUUCGAGAACUUCAUCCAGGCCACCACGUGUAAAGGAACCUUGCAGGCCUUCAACAUCCUCACCCGGCAGCUGGAGUUGGAUCUCAGGGACUACCGGCACUUCUACAGCAAGCUGAAAUCCAAAGUAAACAACUGGAAGGCCAAGGCCUUGUGGAACAAGCUGGACAAACGGUACAGCCAGAAGGAGUACAAGAAAGGGAAGGAAUGUCUCGGCACAAAGUGCUUAAUCAUUGGCGGAGGCCCUUGUGGACUGCGGACCGCCAUUGAGUUGGCCUGUUUGGGCGCCAAAGUGGUCGUGGUGGAAAAGAGGGACACCUUCUCCCGAAACAAUGUCCUGCACCUCUGGCCCUACACCAUCCAUGACCUCCGAUGUCUUGGAGCCAAGAAGUUUUAUGGAAAGUUCUGCGCGGGAGCCAUCGAUCAUAUAAGUAUCUGGCAGCUGCAGCUGAUGUUGUUUAAGAUCGCUCUCCUGCACGGCAUAGAGAUCCACGUGAAUGUUGAGUUUGUCAAACUCCUGGAGCCCCCCGAGGAUCAAGAGAACCAAAAAGUGGGUUGGAGGGCGGAGUUCCUCCCUCAGGAUCACCCCUUGUCGGGCUAUGAGUUUGAUGUGAUCAUCGGGGCGGACGGACGCAGGAACACGCUGGAAGGAUUCCGAAGGAAAGAAUUCCGGGGUAAACUCGCCAUCGCCAUCACGGCCAACUUUAUCAACAGAAACACGACGGCGGAGGCCAAGGUGGAGGAGAUCAGCGGCGUGGCCUUUAUCUUCAAUCAGAAAUUCUUCCAGGACUUGAAGGAAGAAACAGGGAUCGACCUGGAGAACAUCGUAUAUUACAAGGACAGCACACAUUACUUCGUGAUGACUGCCAAGAAGCAGAGUCUGCUGGACAAGGGGGUCAUCCUCAAUGAUUACGCUGAUGCCGAGAUGCUGCUUUGUGCCGAAAACGUGGAUCAGGACAGCCUACAGUCCUACGCCCGGGAGGCCGCAGACUUUGCCACCAACUACCAGCUGCCGUCUUUGGACUUCGCCAUCAACCAUUACGAGCAGCCGGACGUGGCCAUGUUUGACUUUACGUCGAUGUACGCCUCGGAGAACGCCGCCCUGGUCAGAGAACGGCACGGGCACCAUCUCCUGGUGGCCCUCGUCGGAGACAGUUUACUUGAGCCUUUCUGGCCCAUGGGGACCGGAUGUGCCCGGGGAUUUUUGGCAGCCUUUGACACGGCCUGGAUGGUGAAGAGCUGGGCUCAGGGAACACCGCCUCUCGAAGUCCUUGCCGAAAGGGAGAGUCUGUACCGUUUGCUACCUCAGACGACGCCGGAGAACAUUAACAAAAACUUUGACCAGUAUACGAUUGACCCCGCCAGCCGAUACCCCAACCUCAACUCCAGUGUCCGGGGACAUCAGGUGAAGCAUCUCUACAUCACCAAUGAGCUACAGGGCUGUCCUUUAGAGAGAGCAAGUUCCAUAAGAAGGUCUGUCAAUCUAUCUCGGCAUGAGUCCGACAUUAGACCCAACAAACUUUUAACCUGGUGUCAGAAGCAGACGGAGGGCUACCGGAAUGUAAAUGUCACAAACCUGACCAACUCCUGGAGAAGCGGCUUGGCCCUGUGCGCCAUCAUUCACCAUUUCCGGCCAGAUCUUCUCGACUUUGACUCUUUGAACGAGGAUGACGCUGUCAGGAACAACCAGCUGGCCUUUGAUAUUGCCGAGAAGGAAUUUGGAAUCUCUCCAAUCACUGCGGCCAAGGAGAUGGCAUCCAAUGAGGAACCCGAUAAGCUUAGUAUGGUCUUGUACCUCUCCAAGUUCUAUGAAUUAUUCCGGAGAGCCCCGCUGAGGCCUGUUGGUACAGGCAAUGAGAACAAUGGGGAAGCUUUGUCUUCAAAACCGUCAAACUUGAUAUUGAACAAUUACCUCAACUUAACAUUACCAAGAAAGAGAGUGCCAAAGAGUGAAAAUAAGACAGACGAGAAUGACGUGAACAAGAGGAGACGGAGGACGGUCCAGCUAUUUGAAGAGGCGGGAAACGUCGUAGGUGAAAGCAACGGAUGCGGGAGCGAAUGCAGCGACACCAAGGAGGUCAUCAACCAGAACAAAGUCAGGUCAAUGGCCACCCAGUUACUGGCCAAGUUUGAAGAAAACGCACCAAACACGUCCGUUCGGAGACAGGCUUUACCCCUCUCUGAUAAUUCCGUGCCAGAGCCUCCCCCUUGUGACCCGCCUCCCGUUAACCCUCGCUUUGCUAAACCGCCGGACCCGCCCCCUCCUCCCGCGCAGCCUCCACCGACGAGACAGUUUCAGGCGGUAGCUAGGACUCCACCCGUGGUCAGACCGCUGCCUCUGCCAUCCGUGCCUGCUGCGGCUCCUGCAACCAGGUCGAGGGAAGAGGCCGAGCGCCCCUCCAGCCCAGCAGAAGAGGGGGACUCUCUCAGCUCCGCCUGUCCUUCCGCUCUUCUGUUGACCGGCAUCUUAGAACGUCUGCAGCAGAUCGAAGAGAAGGCCCAGCAGAAAAGGGCUCAAGCUUUAUCCAUAAGAGAUUUCCAUAAAAAGAACAUUAGGGAGAAGGCGGCGCACUUGGCCUCCAUGUUCGGCCCCUCGGACUUCCCGCAGGACAAACUGUCCGCUCCCUGCUUUCCUCAUUUCCCCUCUAAAAUUAAUUUCUAUGAACCCCGAGUUCCUGACCACUCUACUCCUCCGUCUCCAUCUGCCACUGACUCUACCCACAACAAUGCUCGGUCUACAGAGGCGACGGUAGGGAAUGUGUCCAGCCGAGUAGGAGCUGUGGCUGAAGCCCUCGUAUGCCUUUAUAUGAGCGAUCACAAAAGUAAGACAAGAUCCUCAGAGCUGUCUCCUUCCUCUUCUUCUCCUCCUCCUGUCUCUCCUUCCCAGAAGGGAUCCCUGAGGAAGGAGUUUCCUCCGAAUAUCGGUGGGAGCGACACGUGUUAUUUCUGCAAGAAAAGAGUUUACGUGGUGGAGCGCCUGAGUGCCGAGGGACAUUUCUUCCACCGAGAAUGCUUCAAGUGUUCCUUCUGCUCCACCGUCCUCCGACUGGGGAAUUAUGUGUUCAAUAUGGAAGAGGGUAAAUUUUAUUGCCAACCUCAUUUCAUGCACUCCUUCACAAACAACAAACAGCGAAAGCGAAGAACGGAUUCCAAACUGCAGGAUGAAGAUAAAAUGUGGAAGAAGGAAGAAGCCAGAGCUGCGGAGAUAAUGACCGACAGUAACUACAGCAGUUCAGAGGACAGCUCCCCAGGUAUCAUGACUUCCUUGUUUAGGAAAACAGUAAGCUGGCCUCUAGCGGUGACGAGGGACCUUCUUGCCAUCCCCAGCCGCCUAUCUAACUGGACGCGCGGCGUGGUACAAGGCGCCAAGCGCCACAUCAGGGACAAUGAGCAGCAAUAUGCUUACAUGUACGAAUUAAUGAGCGUGGGUGUGCCAUUCCUGUACGUGCUUCUCGAGGUGUUGACCCUCAUGUGUCAAGAAGCCACACCUUCCCUACAGUUAGUUAUCGAGCAAGUGCAGAACGCUGUUUGGUACAAAAAUAGCUAAGAAGGUUGGC